AUGUCUCUAGCGAAAUCUGCUGCUAACAAGUUGGACUGGGCGAAAGUCAUCUCUACACUGAAGAUAUCUGGGAGCACAGCUACACAGUUGUCCAGCUUCAAAAAGAGGAACGAUGAAGCCCGGAGAAAGUUGCUGGAAUUGCAACAGCAACCGGCCGUUGUUGAUUUUGGAAUGUACCGCUCCGCGUUGAAGAAUUCGAGUAUCGUGGAUAAAAUAGAAUCACUGUGUAAGGCGUACCAGGUCGUUACGGUGGACUCCUCAAAGCAGAUUUCUGCCAUCGAGAACUUUGAGAAAUAUGCAUUGCAGAACGCGAAACAGACCGAAACGCUAGUGGCUAAAGAAUUGUCCACUUUGAAGGAAACUUUGCAGAAGAUAGAAAGUGCCAGACCAUUCGACGAAUUGACCGUGGACGAGUUGAUUAAGGCGAAGCCAGAGAUUGACGCAAAGGUCGAAGAGAUGGUCAAAAAGGGUAAGUGGGAAGUUCCAGGGUACGAGGAGAAGUUCGGCUCAUUGAACUUGAUGUGA